UUCAACGGAGGUCUCACUGUGGUCUCACCAUAGUUUUGGCGAAAGAACAUUCCGGAUUUGCACGUUUUCACUUCAAUUUUCGACUUGCGAAUAGCGCUAUCGAAGAAGUUCGUAGACGAGAGUAGCGUACGAUUCGUGUGAGAAGCUACUGCACAUGCUCCGUGUUUGACGCUGACUCUGAUGACGGGUGCAGAAGACGACGAAGCUUUGGGUGAAAAAGGUCAGUUAAUUCCACUCCAUAUUGUGUGCUGUCUGCUCUUGGCAUGGAGUAAUGUUCUGAACAUUUGUCAGUCACAUUCAAAGACGCUUCUCAUCCCAAGUUCAUCCCAAUUCUUUUACCUGUGUGGUGACUUUGGUGAAAAAAGUUUCUGCUCUGUUUUAAAUACAAUCUGUUUUAAAUACAAAUCAAGCAUGAGGGACUUGAUUGUUUCAGCAUGAGAUUGAUGUUGACAAGAAAGAGCUGGAAAUUGCUUAGUUUUCAAGUGUUGAACAUUAUGUUGCACACAAUCCGAUGGAAAUGUGCAAGAACCCUGCAGGGUAAAUAAAACACUGGACCAGGUGAGGUGUUUUAUUCCCAUGGCAAUUGCAACAAUAAGCUUCUGAAAGUGAGAAGAGCCCAAGAGUUCUACAUAUGGCUCAGAUGAACAGCAGUCCCCAGUCGGGCCAGAGAACAGAGGCAGAAGGUACUCCCUCAAAACAGGAGGAUACUCCUUUUGGUCUGGGAGGUCAGCCAUCCCACGACCCCCUUUCAGCAGACUGGCAAGAACCCCUGGAUGACUUGGAGGAGGAGGAGGAGGAGGAGGAGGAGGAGGAGGAGAGUCAUCAUGGUCACGUAGAUUGGCAGGAGAAAGACCUCACAGGAAGUAACACUUUGAAGAGGAAUCAUCAGAAUGGCCUCAGGGCAUUUUCCAGAGGAAGAAGAAAGAAGAGAAAGAUAAAUAAGGAGUCAGGUACACUGUGGACGGAUUGGCCCAUAUUGGGAAAAGGCUGGAAGCAAAGAGUGACCUAUUGUAAACAAGGGACCAGAAGAGACGCAUACUAUUUGAGUCCAGAUGGUGUUCAAGUGAGGAGUAAAGUUGAACUUGCCAGAUACCUCCCUAAUACUGACUUGAGCUGCUUUAACUUCAAAGAUGGGGUAUUCUGCAUCAGGCCAUCAUUAGUGAGCAACGGCAGUAACUCAGAAAACGGGGACACAUCAGGAACCACCACCCCAUCUGAACCACCCGCUACCCCAGCUAGGAAACCUGGAAGACCACGGAAAGUCACAACACCCAAGAGCAACGGCAGUAACUCAGAAAACGGGGACACAUCAGGAACCACCACCCCAUCUGAACCACCCGCUACCCCAGCUAGGAAACCUGGAAGACCACGGAAAGUCACAACACCCAAGGUGGACAACAUUUCCACCACAUCUAACCAUGGCACACCCCCAAGCCUCUCUAAAAGUUGCGUGACCACACCUCCACGGCCACUCUCAAGGUCACACCCAGACCAUCCAAAGUCCCCGAGUGACUUUGGCAGUCCUCCUCGCCUCACCCCAGUCUCCCCACCCGCAAAGCUGUCGGACAGUUCGCCCCCUCUACACCUUGGGCUCCUCAGCCCCGCCCCUUCCCCCGCCCCCGUCCACGGCUCCGGCAAAGUCCCUAUUGCCAAUCUGAUUGGUCAGGCCUGGCUGAAGCCAGUGAGUCCCAUGCAGAGCACCAGGAGCAUAAUCCAUCCAGCGCCACCCAGUGGCCAAGCUCCUGGGGAGGGGCAGGUAGAGGGGAAAGGGGAGGGGGAGGUGGAGGAGGAGGUCAAGAUGGUCCCUAGCUUGUGUCCUUCACCACCACCGCUACAGAGAGUUGUAGAUGCCAAGAAUGUGGCUUCUGCUAUGAACCCAGCUGUGAGAGAUUGUCCCAGGUGUAAAGACUCCUUUAUUACUCUGGGGGAUGAGAAGCUCUGUGGUAGAUGUAUGGCCAGUCCCAAAAGAAAUAUGAUUUUCAAAAAGGUUGGGCAGGGUCAGUGGGUCCUUGCAAAUUCUACAAAAAAUAUACAAAAUGUAGAGAAGCCACUAAGGAAAGUGAAAAGCACAUCUACAAUUGGGGUUAAGAGCACGAGGAAACCACGGUCACGCCGAAUGUGUUUCAAAUGUGAGGCGUGCCAGCGGAAAGACUGCGGAAAAUGCACCUUCUGCCUGGACAAGCCCAAGUUUGGCGGUCGCAACACUCUGAGGCAGAAGUGCCAAAAGCGCUGGUGCAUCGAGCUUGGACUCAAGCCAUGGGAACCAUACCGGGGGAAGCCAGGCUACAAGCGGCAGUCGAUUAUCAAGUCUCCCAAAAGGCUACAGGUGAAGAUAGAGCCCCACACCCUUGCUCCGACCAACAGGACUCAGUCGAGGACCGCCCCACCCAGCCCUACCUAUAAGCCGCCAUCGAAGGUGGAGCCCACCAGCCCUGCAGUACCCACCAGGCCGCGGUCCCAAAGACAACACAAGAAGCCAGUCUGGGAGCAAGACUACCUGGACCCAGAUGAGGAGAAGAGGAAGAGGAAGCUGAAGAGGCAACGCGACAGCACUGGCACCGAGUCUGCAGAGGAGGGGGCGGAGGAGAUGAAGAAAGAGCAGGAGCCAGAAGCUGAGGAGGAGGAGGAGGAGGAGGAGGUGGAGGUGGAGGCUCAGGAGGUGGCUGAGGAGGUGGAGGUGGCGGAGGAGGAGUUGACUUUGGAGGAAGAGGUUGAGGAGGAGGUGACUUUGGAGGAAGAGAUUGAGGAGGAGGUGACUUUGGAGGAAGAGGCUGAGGAGGAUGUGGCUUUGGAGGAGGAGGAGGAGGAUGAAUUUCACUUUGAGAUGCCGGAGGGUGACUACGAUGACAAAGGCUUGACCAAGGAGUACAUCAGUACUCUGGUCAACAGCAAAGAGCCAUCCUCCUAUUCCUUCCCAAUUGUCUUCCAGAAUGGAGGACAAGCGAUGAACAGCAGCUUCCUCCAAACCAGCGGCUCUCAGGGCCCAGUGGUGGUGUACAGUUUCAUCAGUCCACCAGCAGGAGGCGAUGUGGCACUCGGUAAAGAGAUGCCGAUGACGGGAGUGAACAUGAACACAGAAAGAGAGGUAGAAGAGGACUCGCUGGACUGCCAACCUACUAUCUUUGACAGGUUCUCUUUGGCUGACACCUCUGAGCCUGUGAGAGAAGGUCCCGACACCUCUGAUCGAGAGCUUCACAAUUUGCUGUCAUUGUUGCGUGCGACGGUUCUGCCUCCCUACUGGAUGGCUGUGCUGGCUAAAGGUCCAGCUGUGCAGCUGCUGCAGUGCUCCCGCCGCUCCCCCAUGGCCGACACCCUCCUCCACAUCCAGUCAGGCCUCUGCUACUGCCUCACCGUCCAGGGCCUGCCGCUGCCACCCAGACACCACAUCUACCAAUGCCACCCUCCGCGCCUCUCCUCUGUCAGCCAGGUGGUGGAUCUGCUGCUGGACCUGGAGGAUCUGGAGGUGUGCCAGGGCUACCCGUGGGGCUCGGCCCUCGCUGUCAAGCCCCGCACCGACCAGGCCGUGCUGUGCAUCAGGGCCACCGCCUGCCACCUGCUCAUCAACCCAGAGGAGGAGGGGGAGCGCUGCCACCGCUGCCAACCGCCCUCCGCUGACGACUGAGGUGGAGGAGGAAGUGGAGGACGGACACCCACCCUCGUCUGAUGUUUGAGGAGAGGAGCAGCAGGAUGAGAGGGAGGUGGGACCCCAAUGAGGAGGGAGAGUGCCGUGACUGGUGAAACCCCCCCACAGCUGACGACUGAGGAGAGGAGAGGAGGUGGAGGAUGGGUGACCAUCUACCCUAGUCUAAUUAUUGAGGCGAGGUGAUGGUGGAGGACGUGGGAUUGUGAAUGGUGCCGCCCGCCCCUCCUCCGAUGAUGGAGGAGAAGGAGGUGGAGGUAGAGGUGGCUACUUCCCCCAGCUGGGCUAGGGCUGGCACAGGAAGGACCUGAGCACUGGUUAGGCCAGUGGAGACUCGUCAACCAGCAAUUUGGUGCUCUCUUGGGACCUGACUAAAUUAUUCAAACCAUUUUAAAAUGAAAACUUUUCCAGUAUCUGGAAGAGUUGUAUAUUAUAUUUACCUGUACAAAUCCCACUCCAUGCCUUAAUCUGCCCUUGUACAUCCAUUAGUUGCUGGUCGCUGUGGCACUUGGUGCAGUAACACGGUUGGUGCUCUUCCCUCCCCCAGUUCAGAUGCUCAUCCAUGGAUCUGGGCUAUGCUGAGACACUGUACAAUCAUAAAUCAGGUACAUGGGACCAGUCCUGUUGGAGACUUAUGGACAUGGCCUCCUAGCGUUUUGUAGGUGGAUUCGUUUUCCUUCUUUGCUCUUGAACAGCUAUGAGUCGGGACAGGAGCUGUGUGUGUAGAAUAUGAUUUCCCCUCAGCAGAGGUGUGGCCAAGGACAUGGGGCAUUUGAGGAUGGUGCUAUCAGACAUGACCAGGAGGGGCAGCAGAGAGUCUGGCACAUUGAAAAGGGGACCUACGUAUGUGGUGCUUAAGUUUUGUUUGACAAAACGAAAAAAGACAAAAAAUCAGAAAGCAAACAAUCACAAUAAUGUAUAGAAUUCUGUAAGUGGCUCAGAUAUUUUUAUAUGGUGUUUCAAACCAGUCAUGUCUCAUGACACAGUUUAACAGUUCAACUACCUCACAAAGUUCUUUACCAGCAUUGAAUUCCAUAUAACUUGGAGCAUUUUUUACUUGCUUUACAUAUUCACUAAGUGCAGCUUUACUACUUUCUUGGAUGAGAGAAUGUGAUACUCAAGUCUCUUUGAAAGGAUUUGUCAUUUUUUAUUUUGUAAAUGUCAAACGGUUUUGUGUCAAUACAGUAGUGCCUCAGCAUUCUGUUUUAUCUUUUUGGGUAAAAUAAUUGGAUCUGAAAAAGCAAGACAUUUGUUAGUACUGUCGCAGAAAUGUGAAUAACAAAUCCUCAUUGAAAUUCACAAUCCUCAGUGAAAAGAGAAAAAAGGUCAUUAGACCAACAUCUUAUUUUUCUCAGUGGUUUAAAAAAUGUUGAAUUUGGAGUAAUAGGUAAUUGUCACAUAAGACAUAAUAUUCUGUUACAGUUAAAGUGUUAGAAAUCUCUGAGCUGUGAUCAGGCAAAAGUCAUCAUGUGCAUGCAACCAUCCAUAACCAGAUCUGAGUUUGUAGAUGCAUGGUCCUUCAGAUUAGGGUAAGGAUUCAUAUUCUGUAAAUUAAAACAGGUGAUGAAUGUUGAUACCCAUCAGACAAUAUUGUUGUGAGAAUGCUCUGCUUUUUUAAACUCACAAAUUAUAUAAAAGUACUAUGGUCUCAUAUAUGGUACGUGUCAAUUUCUAACAAA